AGUUAAGCAGUAGGUUACCGUCAUCACAACAUCCGCCCGUGUCCACACGCUCAAAGAUGGCGGGUCCCAGGUUGCCUUUAGCUGCCCUCUCUCUGAAACAGUUCCUCCAGAGGCAGAAGGUGUUGGGGAUCUACAGAAACAUGCUGAGGACCAUACAGCAGGUUCCAGCUGAGGCGGACAGGAAGUACCUGAGAGACUGGGCGAGAGAGGAGUUCAAGAGGAACAAGAACGCCACGGAACAGGACGCCAUCCGGAUGAUGAUCACACAGGCCAACAACCACCUGGAGGAGCUGCAGAGGUCUCUGGCGUUGGCCAGAAGUUAGCGACCCUGAGCCGCUACGAGUCCUUGCUGUGGACUUUACUGAAGAGACUCUGUGAUGGAGUAACCAUGGAAACAGGGAGCCCCUCCUCCACACCGUAGACCCAUCUUUAACUGCUUCUCAAUGUCGGAUGAAUGGACGUUAUGGACCUGAAUGCAUCAACCUGUUUCCAUCAUGAACGGUGAGCCACCUGGGAGCCACACUCUUCUUCAGGCCGUACAUUAUAUUAUAUCUGUUAUGUAAUAAACAAGGAAGCUGCAGGAGGAUUAAGAACAAUCUUCUUCUUUUUAAUACAAAAUAGGUUUUUCUGGCUUCAUCAUACAGAGUGCAUCGAGGUCAUAUAAAAACAGUCACUACAGCAAAUGUACAGCAGACAGUAAUACUGCAACUCAACUGUGAGCGUUCUUCAUGCAACAGGUUCGGACUAAGUUCAGCGUCAGGAUUGUGCUUUACAGGUAAACAUGAUCGGCAGGGCAGAGGGCAUUCUGGGAGAAAAGACUUUAGGUAGUAACAGGAUGAGAAGUCAGCUUGUUAAGAUCUGCAGGCAGGUUUCAAUGUUUCAUAAUGUUAGUGUCACAAGUGUUGUGAUUGUAAACACUUUGUUCCCGCUCACUCUUACUAAGACACUAGAGUUAAAAUAUCUUUCUACUGUCUAUGACACAGUUGAAGUGUUGAAUGGCGACAGUGUGGGUGGCAGCAGGAGGAUUGAUAAGACUUUUUAAAAAUUGUAUUUACUAUAUGUGACAGCAACUUUUCAGCUUGAAUUUAAAGUAGUGCACAGGUUUAUAAUGUUGAGCGUGGAGUUCACUGUGACACCUGAGUAAUAAUAAACUUUUACACUU